AUGGACGUUCCCGUCAUCUACGGUCUAACCAAUGACACAUCCUGUCCAUUCCGUGCCUCUCCAGACCAAAUGAUUCUUCAAACGUCUUGGAUCCUAAGAAUGAACAUCAUCUAUUGCACAUUUUUAUCGAUUGGCUGCGUAGUUGGCGUGGGUUACUGUACUCGGUUCAUGAGGAAACAUCCGAUUUUCAACGAAUCAACGACCCUUCUACUGUAUUUGGCGCUGCUGUUCGCGCUGAUUCAUGAUACUGCUCAUGUUGGACUUCAGUGGUCCCUAAUGUACCGAAGCUUCGUCUACGCCGAUGAUCCUUGCCAUAUUUUCUUCUCCUCCGAUGACUGUGUCAAUUCUGGACGAACCCUGUUCUUCGGGAUCAGUGGAUUGAUUUACAUUCAUUCGGCGCUUACUUUAGAUGGACUCAUCGCAACCUUCCUUCCAUCAAUUUAUUACAAAUAUCAUAGCUGGCCGGGACGCGUGUUGGCAGUUUUGACGAUACUCGUCAACAUCUUUGUGCAGUUCCUGGUACUUUCCGGAAAGGAAACCGGCGACGAUUACCUCCCGAGUUGUCAAUUUUUCAAAAAACAAGACGCCGAAAAAGCCAACUUGUGGCUGAUGAGCAGUAUUAUUUUGACAAUUUCAAAUUUUUUAAUCAAUUUGGGAUUACUGUAUGUCAAUAAAAUGCACUCCAAGAGUUUCAUGUUUCUAGCUUAUCUGGGAGCCGAGAUACAGACUGACUAUUUGGCUGAUGACGAAACCGCUGUUCUCGGUCACUACCUAACUGAGUACAACGAGAAAUUGUACAGGACCCGAUACGACGUGCAAUUCCAAUAUCAACGGUCCGAAGCGAUAAUGACAUCGAAAUCGAUAUCAGUUUUGGUGAUUGCUCAGAUUAGUGCACUUGGAAUCUAUGCUGGUGGCAGUUAUCUUUUCCGUCUGGUCCGCGAAUCUAUCCCAGUGUCACUGUACAACAAUGUGGUUAUUUGGGUUUAUGCCACCUCCUACGCUACCGUAACCCUUCCAUUGCUCAUCAUCUUCUGCAUCAAAUACGUCAGAAGGCACCGUCAACGGACCAUCCACCACAUCACGAAUCAGGUCGAGAGUCAGGAGAAACGAAUGAACGAGCUGAAAAUGCUAUGGGAAUGA